CGCGGCGCAUGCGAGAUACCUCGGUGGGCCAUUGGCUGCGUUCCAGUGCCAGUUGCGACGACCUAGUUCUUGACAGCAUCUGUGGAAUCUGAGUGAUAGCAAUCCAGCGUCUGACUCACCAUGGGCCUCUUUAAGGGGUCCUUUGCCUUUACGCGCUACCGAUAGAAGACAGUCGCCACGCCCUUUGAUACUUCGUUGCGACCGCAUUCGACUUAUCUCCGCCCUCUCUCCGCUGUCGCCACAUCCUUAUACAACUCACUCGACGGGCGAUACACAAUCCCCCGAGAAAUUACCACCAUAACAGUUUCACUAUGGAAGACGAGCGCGCCGAAGAGCUCAGCACGCUGCAGUCCAUCUACCCGGAGUUGGUUAUCAGCGAUAGCGACCCCUACUCUGCCACUCUUGAACUGCUCGUGGCGCCUACCAAGCCUUUGCCUAUUACCUUCGAGCCACAGCAAGAUGUCGAACGACUUCCGUAUCUACCCCCACUACGUCUCGAAAUUAUCCUACCCGCCGAGUAUCCCGAACAAACACCGCCCGUAGUGAGGUUGUCUACGUCGCCAUCGUGGCUAGGCGAGGACCUCCAGGCUACACUCACAGCAGAAGCAAAGAUGUUAUGGGAUGAGUACGGCGGAGGUAGCAUUCUAUUCGCCUAUAUUACCUCUUUACAAGAACAAGCCGAAAAUGCCUUUGGUCUGGAGGGGCUUACGCUACCCUCCUCUAUGCGGAAGGAGCUCGUAGAUUAUAGUCGCCGGAUGAAGAAGGAGCUGUUCGAUAAAGAUACAUUCGACUGCGAAGUCUGUCUCGAGCCAAAGAAGGGGUCUGCCUGCUACCGCAUGGCCCGCUGCAGCCAUGUCUUUUGCAUCAAUUGCCUCCAAGACUACUACAACAACUGUAUAAAGGAGGGGGACGUCAACAACGUCAAGUGUAUGUCCACCGAAUGUGGUAGUAGUGGGAAGAAGAAGGACCGGCUGUUGUCGCCCAAGGAGCUGCUACAGAUCCCUAUAGCACGCGAUCAAGUCGAGCGAUACGCCAAGAUCAAGCGGAAGAAAAAGAUUGAAUCUGACCCUAGCAUCGUGUUUUGUCCACGCACAUGGUGUCAAGGUGCCAUGCGAACUACCAAAUACCCCAAGAUUACCGAUGUAACUCAGAUGGACGAUUCGGAUUCUGAAGCAGACGACGAGAGUCCAGCUCAGCAACAGGAAACCAACACUGAGCCUGGCCCAGAGAAGCGUGGAAUUGGCGUACGAGGUAUGGAUCGGUUACAGGUUUGCGAAGAUUGCACACUCGCUUUCUGUGUUGUCUGCUUAGCGUCAUGGCACGGAGAUUUCGUACGCUGCGAGCCACGCGAUGCUACACAACUGACCGAGGAGGACCAAGCAUCGCUCAACUUUAUCAUGAAGAACACCACACCCUGCCCGUACUGCUCUGUACCGUGCCAGAAAAGCAUGGGAUGUAACCACAUGACCUGCGCGCAAUGCAAGUCGCAUUUUUGUUAUCUUUGCUCCGCGUGGCUCAACCCAGAUCACCCAUACGCGCAUUUCAACGACCCCAAGAACAAGAACUGCUUCAUGCGCCUCAUGGACGGGGCCGAAGGCGACAUGGGAAACGGCGCUGUGCAGUUUGGUGGUAGGAGAGGGGCUGAGCAAGCGGCGGAGUUCUGGGAGCAAGAAGCCCUGCGUAUACAGAUGCUAGAAUUUGAUGAAUUCAUACGAUAGCUUGAAUGGAAAUCAAACCCUAUCCUUCCUGAACCAUUGAUGAAUGCGAGUACCUACGCUUGCUGGACAACUCGCACUUGACUGCAAUGCGUCGUGCAUUUUUAGAGGUGCUAGACUCCUACCAAAGAGCUUUAACAGAUUGCUCAGCAUCUCGGAAACUCACGAGGACAUUCAGGGUAGACUUUGCACAUACCCCUUUGGCAGCUCUCUCCUCGAGGACCUAUUACAUUAUUAUUAUUACAGCUUCGUGCAUAGAAACCUAUAUACUGCAGAUCGGCCAAUCUUCUACAC